AUGCGGACGGUUCUUCUUCUACUUUUUGCUUCGGCGAUCGAGUUCUCGGAACAAGGAAAACUGAACCUGCUGAAUGCUCAUAAUGAAUACCGUUCGAAACUUGCUCUCGGCCAAUUUUCGGUUCGAGGAGUCAAGAAACCAGCUGCUAGUCGAAUGAGGAAGAUGUCAUGGAGUGAUAAAUUAGCGGUUCCCGCUGGAAAGUUUGCUGAAACAUGUCCCAAAAACCAUUCUGAAGUGAAGCAAAUUGGAGAAAAUAUCUUCUGGCAUUACUCGAACACGUUCAACACUCCGGAAGAAUAUGGAACUCAAGCUCCUCAAAAGUGGUGGCAAGAGUUCGAGACAAACGGAUGGGAUUCAUUGAUCUAUAAUCACGCAACUCAAAGAUUUCAAAUCGGACACGCCGUCCAAAUGGCUUGGCAUGAAACGAGUAAAGUUGGAUGUGGAUAUGCAAAAUGUGGAAUGGGAACUUCUGAUCAGACUCUUGUAGUCGUUUGCCGUUAUUACAAAAAGGGAAACAUGGAGGGAGAAUCGAUUUAUGAAGAGGGAGCAACUUGCUCGAAAUGUCCAGAAGAAUAUCAGAAGUGUCCGUUUGGAUUGUGUGAGAAAGAAGGCGUUGACACUGAUUGA